GCCUAUCAUGGCUGAGUUGUCAACCAAAAUGUUCGAUUCAGACAAGGGAGGGAAGGCAAUUAUUCAGAUCAUGAAGGGAUGAAUAGUUACAAUUUAUUCGACAUGGAGCGGAGACUUAAACUUCUACCUCACCCAUAGCAAUUCAAUCAAUACAAAAUGUUACGGUCUCUUAGAAACCAAAGCGAAAAUAAUAGGAAGUCCGCGAUUGCGCAAUCUGGAAGUAACAGUUCUGUAUGAAACCAACCUGGCGUCGUUCAUACUCGUUACUAUGAGUUACAUCACAAAAUACACGCAAGGUAAACGACACUGGGUUAGUCGAGACUGAAAUAUUCAUGACAAUACGCAAAAUUAUUUUAUAAAACGUUACAUUGAAGAAGCCAUUUCCAUCAUCCGAACAAUAGGGGGCAGUGUAGGUAUGUCCACCCCAGUCGGAAGCGGAAGUUCAAGCGGGAGGUCGCCGGUUUCUGCUCGGGUCUCCUAACAAAAGAAACAGGUCGUUUUAACAUGGUGAAGAUAUUUGUCGGGAACCUGCCCCAAGAGGCAACCGAGGAGGAAAUCAAGGCCCUCUUCUUGGAGCACGGCACAGUCACCGAAUGUUCCAUCGUCAAAAACUUCGCUUUCGUCCACAUGGACGACCGCAAGGCUGCGACGAAAGCCAUCAAGGCCUUGCAUCUCCACAAGCUCCACGGCUCGCAGAUCAACGUGGAGGCCAGCCAUGGGAAGAACUAUGGCGCGGUCAAGCUGCACGUUGCCAACGUGGAAAGGGGAAUGGAAGAAGAACUCCGAGCGUUGUUCGAAGAGUAUGGCAAGGUCACGGAGUGUGCCAUUAUUAAGAAUUUUGCUUUUGUGCACAUGCCCAAUUCCGAUGAGGCCAUGGAUGCCAUCCAGGGAAUUGACAAUGUAGAAUUUCAGGGUAAACGCAUCCACGUGCAGAUUUCCAAAAGUCGCCCCCGUGACGAGCAGGAGGACUACCCUCCCCCCCCAGACGGUGGCGGGUUUUGGCCCCCGCCUUUCCCGGGAAACAGGCUGGAGCCUCCCCCGCCAGGCUUCAUGAGAGGUCGCCCCAUGGGCCCCGGUUACCCCGCCCCUCCUUUGCCACCCCCGCCCCCGAGGCGAUCCAUGUACCCCGAAAGUCCUUACGAGGGUGAUCACGGCGGUUACGGCGUAGUCGAUUACUAUGAAAAAUACAGAGCCCGUCCUUACGGCAUGGGUCCGGGUGGUCCACCGCCGCCCCCUCCGCCGCCUCCUCCCCCUCCCGGCGUCUCGCGCAUGAACUCGCCGCUUGACCCGUACGAGCGUCGGCCGCCGCCUCCCCCCCCUCCUGCGUCGGCGUACUACGGCCGAGAUCGCAGCCCCCACCGCAGAGCGCCGAAUCCGGCCUCUCCUCCGACCGGUAACGGCUACGCCUACGAGCGCUCCAGUAUCGCUCCCGUUUCCCGGGUCCCGCCGUACGGACUUCCUCGGCCCAGGGACCCUUAUGCACCGCGACUGCCGCCUCCGCCCCCGCCGCAGCCUGCACGCUACGGUUAUUAAGCGAGGCCCCGGCAUUUGAAGUUAAGGUGAGAAUAGUCGGGAAUGUAAAAGCCGAAAUGUAAACGCGCACCGUUCGGUCCCUGCACAAUGUAGAUCUCACGAAGCGAGCCGCAUGUGGAGGGCGUAAACGAAACUCUUGGAGAGGGCCGCUCUUGUCCGUGUGUUCGGUUUAACGCCACGGCGAAGCCAGGCGGUUCCGGUUUGAACGUGCGGAAGCACAGCCAAAGCGCACGGUGUUUCGGGCUCUACGCCAACACCCUUCACUCUUAUUUGCUCUUUUUCAGGAUCGUCGUUCGCCUUCCUUCGUCGCCUCUCGCCACCAUCGGAUGUUCGUGGCGCUAUCUACUUCCUGUCUGCGGCGGAGCGCGUUAAUGUUCCCCUGCAUUGCAAAGGAACUGAAAAGCCGACGUCCUCGUCGAUUUUUUUUUUUUCUUUUCCCACGUUUUGCUCCACUUUUUACACAAAUCCCCCCCACCCCCCCUUGAUUGUUUCAUUGUGAUGUAGAAAAUUGUAAUCUUUGCAGCCGAAAUCGUUUUCUUUUUAAAUUAGCUUCUAAUAUGUGACAUUUUAGUUACCCCGGGUCUGAGUGUAAAUGUCGACGCGCCUUGGUAUUAAAUGCGGAGCGGCACACGUCCCGUCGACGUCGAAACCUGAACGUGCUUAAAACCGCUGCUCGGAGCGCUCCUGUACCAACAUACCCUGUCUGUGCACUCUUGUAAAUUAAACCCAGCAGAAAAAAAACACUCAGAGUGGCCCUUAAAAAAAAUGUGAUAAUCCCGGCGAUCCAUGUCCUCGUAAAAAUGUUGUACGAGCUGUUGUCAUAAACCCCAAAAUAGUUCAGCAAAGGCCUCGCCUCCGUUUGUACCCCCGCGCGCGGCAGCCCCGUCACCAACCUCUUAUGUGUGUGUAUGUGGGGGUUGUAGGGGGGGGCAGCAAUGACAAGACCAAAACUUCCAAAAGCAGGUAAGUCCAGGGGGCAUCCACAUCUGCUGUAAGUUUCAACCAUUUCUACUAUUUGUAUUCUCUUUCCAGUUGAGGUCCCUACUAUUUGUAGAGACUAGUAUUUUGUUUUUGUCUUUUGGAAACAUCUUCCAAUUGAUUGCUUGGGCUCACUUUUUUAACUUUGGAUUAGUUGCUAAUUUUCAUUUAGGAAAUGUUUCAUUAGUAGGAAAAAAAUGCUUUGUAGUUUUACCUGCACGAAUAAACCUUUUUAAAUAUAAAA